AAUCAAGAAAAUAAUAGGCAGAUUAACAGUUCAUGAAAGUAAUCAUUAGGUGCAGCCCAAUAGUAUAAUUGUACAUUUCUGUUUCUGUGACCUUAUUGGAUGCGCUGUAUUCAGCUUUUCAGGCUGCUGUAGGUCACAGUCUGUGGGUGCCCUAAUCGUCCUCUGUACCUUUAAGGGAUCCACGUUCUUCUGCGUUAUAUGAACCACCAUCAAUUUAGGGGGACCUUCAUCCCCAGAGUAGAGCAGAUGAGGAGGGGGUCGUGCUGAAGCUCUCUCUCUCUGCAUGUAUUCACUCAGAACAAAAGCUGUGUAUAGAACAGGACUUGUUCAUUUACACUGAAUGACAUUUUUUCUUCUGUAAUUCAAUACAUCUUUUCAAACUUAUAUUUUCACUGAUCACAAUUUAGAGAUGUGUGUUUUUGCAGUCCGGCUGUUUUUGGGAUUCCUUCUCUGUGCACCUCGCUCACAGUGCUUGGACUGUCCCUUUGGUUGUGAGUGCCUUGCUGUCAGUUACAUAGUGAAAUGUGUUUCUAAAGAUCUCCUCACGGUGCCACAAAGUAUUCCAGGAUAUGCAAAGACUGUCAUCAUCGCAGGGAAUAAUAUUCACCAGAUCGGACCUGAUUCCUUUACAGAUCUGGAGAAUGUCAGCAACAUCCUUUUGAGCAAUAAUAGGAUUACGGAGAUAGCAUCCCACAGCUUCUCUGCCCUCAGCAACCUCCGCUUCCUGGACCUCAGUGAGAACCAUCUGUCCCUCAUCCACCCAGAAGCCCUCAGCAUACCCGGCAGCCCGCUUCAGGAGCUCAACCUAAGCAACUCGCUGCACAACUUCACUGCUAUGACAGACCUCACCACUGCUCUGCGCUGGGGGGGCCUUGGAGGGCUCCUCCGCCUCGACCUCUCUGGGAACCACCUCGCCCUGCUGCCCCCGGGGAUGUUCUCACACCUUCCCAACCUGCAGCAUCUGUUCCUCACCAACAACUCCCUUAAGGCCAUCUACAGUGGAACCUUCUCUGGUAUGAACCACCUGGAGGUGCUGGACCUCGCACACAACGCAUUCAUGACGGUCAGCACUGAUGCUCUGCAGGAGCUGGAGAAGCUUGGCAACAUCCGAAUCCUCCUUGGAGACAACCCUUACACCUGCUCCUGUGAGAUCAGUCAUUUUGUAGCCUGGCUGAAUGAAUCCAAAGCCAAGGUGGAUGUGGAUGCUGUGAGGUGUGCCUCGCCGUUGGGGUUAAGUGACAGCCGGCUGCAAGGGCUCGGCAUCCGCGCCCUUGGAUGUGUGGUUCCUGUUCAAGCAGAGGCGGAUAAUCUCACACUGCAGACAUCCUACGUCCUGCUGGGGCUGGUGCUCGGUUUGGUGGGCAUGGUCUUUCUCUUUGUGCUCUAUCUGAAUCGCAAAGGUAUGAAGACAUGGAUCUUUGAGAUGAGAGAUGCAUGUCGGGAUGUGCUGGAGGGAUACCACUACCGAUUUGAGCUGGACUCGGACCCUCGACUGGGGCAGAUCUCUAAUGGCGGUGGCAGCGGUGCACAAGGGGAUUCAGGAUUACAUAAGUCUCAGCAGCUGCCAAGUGACACUUAUAUUGUCCAUCUUCCUACAGACACUCAGAUUAAACAGCUGACGACCUCUCCACAUAUGAAGCGAUGAUCGUUUAAUGAAGCUAGAGACUCAUGUGAGAGCGAUGUGAAUAGUCAAUGCCCGUAAAUUUACAGUUGAUGUUUUUAAGAUUCCUACUGCAUUACACAACAAAAUACCUCAAAGUGCCAUUGCGUUUUCUCAAGGCAUUGUGCAUUUCUGUGAAUCGACUUACAUUUUGUGUGUUUAUUGUACCUUUUAUAGGCUACAUUACAGACUCAAUUAAUGAAUCUCGUUGAAUAAUACAAUAAAGUAUGAUUACUUUAAAUGUCACUGUUUAUAAAAAGAAACCCUUUUAAAUAUUUAUAUUAAAAAGUGAGUUUCCCA